GCUUAGAAAUGUGGUUUAAACUAGCUACAAUCGUCAUGCCAAACUCAGUUGUCAAGAGGAUAAUAAUAAGUGAAAUUGGCAACUCUUAUAUACAAUCAGCCCUUCAACCUUGAACCGGGAUCAGUCUCUCUCCUCAACAGCAACAAUAGACAAAGACUAAGCAAAAUGGUGAGAGCCUGGUACAUGGACGACAGUCUGGAAGACCAGAGACUGGAACACCACCGCUCCCCUCCAGAAUUCGUUAACCUGGAAAAGCUGGCGACUGAUACUGGAGUCCUGUACUGGAAGCUGAAUCCAGAGAAGUACGAUUCGGACGGAACUCUGGACAAGAUCAAAACUGACAGAGGAUAUACCUACACCGAUCUCAUCAACGUCUGUCCUGAGAAACUGCCCAAUUACGAGGAAAAGCUCAAGAACUUCUUCGAAGAACACCUCCACACGGACGAAGAGAUCAGGUUCGUCCUGGAAGGUUCCGGCUAUUUCGACGUCCGAGACGGAUCUGACCAAUGGAUUAGAAUCGAGGUCGUUCCAGGAGACCUUUUGGUGCUUCCAGCUGGGAUCUACCACCGCUUCACUUUGGAUGCGAAGAACUACAUAAAGGCCAUGAGACUAUUCGUAGGGGAGCCAAUAUGGACGCCAUACAAUCGCCCAGCGGACGAGAUGGAGGCUCGUAAACAGUACAUCGUCCAGCAGAAAAAUCACUUCAAGUGAAUGAAAUCUUAGCUGAUGUUACUUUUAAGAGACUUCUGAUUAAAGUUAAUAAAAACA